AUGGACAUUACAGUCUGCGGAGGACUGUGUUUUGCUCUUAUCGGUUCUUUCUAUGUAUGCCCACAUGACUUCCGGUUUUUCAAAGUUGCCCUUCAAGAUCUCCACAGCGCCGCCACAGACGCGUCGGUGUACGUGGAUCGUGACAGCACCCGUACAAUCCUGAAACGAUCGGUCUCAUUUACAAGUGUAAUCUGUGGGAGUUUUCUGUACCUACGGAGCGUCUCCAAAGCCUCUGUCGAGAUUUCUGAUAAACAUCCCCUUGUUCUAAUGGUACAGUGUGUGGUUUUGACUUCGAUUCUUUUCCUUGGCCCUAUUGUCGAGCAUCUUGUAUCUUUUGGGAUUUGGUUCGAACCCGAGACACCCAACGAGUGGCUAAUGCUAUUCCGCAAUGUUUUUCUAUGCCCAUUUGGCGAAGAGAUCUUUUUUCGAGGCCUUUUCUUUCACGUUCUUCGAAGUCGAACCGCCACACAGCAAAUUCUUAUUUCAUCCCUUCUUUUUUCUCUUUCCCAUGCACACCUGCUCAUGAUUCAUGCCGUAGACGAAUACCGCGUCGCUCUCGAGAAUGGAGAAAAACCCAGAAAUGAACUGGAACGGAUGUGCUGGCGGCGUUCGUUGCAAAAAUUCUACUUUCACUUUUUCUUUACCUUCAUCUUUGGCAUAUUAAAUGGGUUUUAUUACAACACUGUAUGCCGAGGAAGCGUUUUGGCUCUCGGUGCAGCUCAUGCAUUAUGCAAUCUAGUGGGUGCGCCGUCGUUUCGUUUUGCCCGGGAUAAUACGUUUUCUAUUAAAAAACGAUUCGUAUGUGGUUUUUCCUAUGCCAUUGGUGUCGGGUCAUGGUACCUUUUGCGGCAGGCCUUAUAA